GAAAAUUUCUGUUCCAUUAUUAUUAUACAAUUUAUAAUAACUAACUGUUUGGUUUUUUUUUUUAAUGUCGGAGUGGCUCAAGGGUCCUCCCGCCCAAAGCCAUGUCCGUAAAAGCAGUUUGAAGUGAAAAAUGGAGCAAGUGGUCGGCAGUCCCAAAGGGUGGAUCGAUGGCGACGAGAGCGCCAAAGAGAUGCUCGCUAGAGUUUUAACAGCGCGCCCCUUCUUGCUUCUUCCGCCGCUUCAUAGGGUUCCUCUACGCGUUGGUAACGUGGUUGAGCUUGUCGGCCCCUCUCCUUCUUCCAAAACCCACGUCCUGAUUCAGGCUGCAGUGAGUUGUGUUCUUCCUAAAGAGUGGAAUGGGGUUCACUAUGGAGGCUUGGACCACUUGGUAGUGUUCCUGGACUUGGAUUGUCGAUUUGAUAUUUUGCGCCUCUCAGAAAUGCUAAAGCAUCGACUAAUUGGGGAAUCUAUUGGAUCAAUGAAAAGAGAUUUGGAGAAGAUGGAUUUUGAUUUAUGGAACAAUGAUAGAAAAAGGAGACCAGCUUAUGAUGAGGAAUUAUAUGUUUUGUGUAUGAGACGGUUCUUGUAUGUCCGUUGUUAUGAUAGUUUUGAAUUUCUGGCGACUCUCAAGACAUUGCACUAUCGGAUUCAGAAGGAAGAAGAAGCACACGGUACUGGUGUUCAUAUGCUCAUGAUUGACAGCAUUGGAGCUUUUCAUUGGAUAGAUCGUGCCUCAACAUUCAUGCCCGUGGGGGGUAAUAACAGGAAAAGCCAUUCUCUGCAGACUGUGUCAGAAACUGUAGUUCAGGAGAUUAGAAAGCUUCUAGUGCUGCAUCCCAUGCUUGUCAUAGCUACAAAAGCAACCAUUUUGGGGGAUAUAUAUUCCAUGAAUGAUGCCAAAUGGAAAUUAAGAAAACCGGAUACCUCAAAUUGUAGAAGCAGAAGCAUUACUUCUCAGCAACUUCCAUACCGUGAGUAUAUGCCUUCUAUCUGGCAGACUUUUGUUACACACAGGAUACUUUUGAGAGCAUCAGAUGAUCAUCUCCAUGUAAGCAAUGAUCAAAAUCACUCGCUUUACUUUUCAGAAUGGCUGCUGCCAUCACUGAGUUUCAUAGACAAAUUUAUAGUGAAAGAGGCUGGCAUCUUCAUUGUUUCAUGAAGUGCAUGGAGACUUGUGGUGCAGUCUUGCUUCUUAUUUCUUGAUCUCUCCCAUGAUGCCAGGUCUCCUGCAAGUCAGAUUACUUAUAGCGCACAGAGGAUUAAUUUCCGUGUGUCUUGGAAGCCAGAGCAGCUCACUCUCUGGCACUUGAGCUGGAUUUUUCUCUUUAAAAAUGAAGGUUAAUUACAGGUUUAUGGUGACCUUGCAGCAGUCUAUAAAGGUAAGGCAGCAUCCCCGCUUUAGAAGUACUGGCGUUUUAGGUUGGUGAUAGGGUUGUGUUGGUACUUGCUGUAUAGUGAUUCAUAAAGUUUAUUCUACUGCUUGAUCCCUAGAAUGUAUAUUUCUUUGAAAAUAUGGAUAAGAUUUUUGUUAUUUACUCGAGCUAGUUAUAGCAGUUGAAAUUCUGGCCUUGAA